AUGUCCAGCAAACUGCUUUGUAAGAAACGUCGACUGUCUGGAGCAGAUUCCAAGGACUGUUCUACUACAAACUCUCCAAUGUUUGGAUUUCCCUCUGGAACAAACAAAGCAAUGCCAAAAGCUGGUGAAACAGACAUAGAUGAAGGUCUUUACUCUAGGCAGCUGUAUGUCCUGGGUCAUGAGGCAAUGAAGCAUCUCCAGACAUCCAGUGUACUGAUAUCUGGCCUGCGGGGCCUUGGUGUGGAAAUUGCCAAGAAUAUCAUCCUUGCAGGGGUCAAGGCUGUCACCCUGCAUGACCAAGGCACUGCCCAGUGGAUUGACCUGUCCUCACAGUUCUACCUUCGGGAAGAAGACAUUGGCAAAAACCGAGCUGAAGUAUCUCAGCCCCAUCUUGCUGAACUGAACAGCUAUGUGCCUGUCAGCGUCUAUACUGGGCCCCUGGUGGAAGACUUCCUUAGUGGUUUCCAGGUAGUGGUUCUCACAGACACUCCUCUAGAGUAUCAGCUGCAGGUGGGUGAGAUUUGCCAUAACCAUAGGAUCAAGCUGGUGGUUGCAGACACCCGGGGCCUGUUUGGGCAACUCUUUUGUGAUUUUGGUGAGGAAAUGAUACUUGUAGAUUCCACUGGAGAGCAACCACUCAGUGCAAUGGUUUCUAUGGUUACCAAGGAUAACCCUGGAGUUGUCACCUGCCUAGAUGAAUCUCGGCAUGGAUUUGAGAGUGGUGACUUUGUAUCAUUCACAGAAGUCCAGGGAAUGAGUGAACUCAAUGGCCUCCAUCCCACUGAGAUCACAGUGCUGGGUCCUUACACCUUUAGUAUAUGUGAUACCUCUAACUUCUCUGACUAUAUUCGUGGAGGCAUUGUCAGUCAAGUCAAAGUAUCUCAGAAGAUUGGUUUUAAGUCCUUAGGAGCCUCUUUGUCAGAACCAGACUUUGUAAUAACAGACUUUGCUAAAUAUUCUCGCCCUGCUCAGCUGCAUGUUGGCUUCCAGGCUCUUCAUCAGUUCUGUGCUCAGCAUAGCAGGGCACCUAGGCCCCACAAUGAGGAAGAUGCAGUAGAACUGGUAGCCUUAGCACAAGCUGUGAAUGCUCAAGCUCUACCUGCAGUUCAGCAGGAAAAUCUGGAUGAAGAUCUCAUCCAGAAGUUGUCCUAUGUAGCUGCUGGGGAUUUGGCACCAAUGAACGCCUUCAUUGGAGGCCUGGCUGCUCAGGAAGUCAUGAAGGCCUGUUCUGGAAAGUUCAUGCCCAUCAGGCAGUGGCUGUAUUUUGAUGCCCUUGAAUGUCUCCCUGAGGACAAAGUAGCCUUUAUGGAAGACAGGUGUCUGCCGCACCAGAACCGUUAUGAUGGACAAGUGGCUGUUUUUGGAUCAGACCUGCAAGAGAAGCUUGGCAAGCAGAAAUAUUUCCUGGUGGGUGCAGGCGCUCUUGGCUGUGAACUGCUCAAGAACUUUGCCAUGAUUGGGCUAGGUUGUGGGGAAGAUGGCCAAAUCACAGUAACAGACAUGGACACCAUUGAGAAGUCUAAUCUGAAUCGACAGUUUCUCUUCCGUCCCUGGGAUGUUGCAAAACUAAAGUCUGACACAGCUGCCACAGCAGUACGCCAAAUUAAUCCCCACAUAAGGGUGAUGAGUCACCAGAACCGUGUGGGCCCUGAUACAGAGCAUGUCUAUGACGAUGACUUUUUCCAGAACUUGGACGGUGUGGCCAAUGCUUUGGACAGUGUGGAUGCACGCUUAUACAUGGACCGCCGCUGUGUGUACUAUCGUAAGCCUCUGUUGGAAUCUGGUACUCUGGGGACCAAAGGGAAUGUGCAGGUGGUCAUUCCCUACCUGACUGAGUCUUACAGCUCUAGCCAGGACCCACCUGAGAAAUCUAUUCCUCUUUGCACACUGAAAAACUUCCCUAACGCUAUCGAGCACACCUUGCAGUGGGCUCGGGAUGAGUUUGAAGGACUCUUCAAGAAGCCGGCAGAAAUCGUCAACCAUUACCUCAUAGAUCCCAAGUUUGUGGAGCAAACACUACGUCUGGCAGGGAACCAGCCUUUGGAAGUAUUGGAGGUUGUGCAGCGUAGCUUGGUGCUACAGCUGCCCCAUAGCUGGUGUGACUGUGUAACAUGGGCUUACCACCAUUGGCAUACCCAGUACUCUGACAACAUCCAGCAGUUGCUGUACAACUUCCCUCCUAACCAGCUUUCAAGCUCAGGAGUGUUGUUCUGGUCUGGGCCCAAACGCUGCCCUCAUCCACUCAUCUUUGAUGUGAACAACGCCCUGCAUCUGGACUAUGUGAUGGCUGCUGCCAAUCUGUUUGCCCAGACGUAUGGACUGACAGGGUCUCAGGAUCGCACUGCUGUAGCAAGCUUCCUACAAUCCCUUCAGGUCCCCAAGUUUACUCCCAAGUCUGGCAUCAAGAUUCAUGUUUCUGACCAGGAGCUACAGAAUGCCAGUGCUUCUAUUGAUGAUGUCCAACUAGAAAAAAUCAUUGCGACCCUUCCAAGUCCAGUUAUGCUCCCUGGAUUCAAGAUGUACCCUAUUGACUUUGAAAAGGAUGAUGACAGUAACUUCCAUAUGGAUUUCAUUUUGGCUGCAUCCAACCUCCGGGCAGAGAACUAUGAUAUUUCCCCUGCAGACCGGCAUAAGAGCAAGCUGAUUGCAGGGAAGAUCAUCCCUGCCAUUGCGACCACCACAGCAGCUAUAGUUGGCCUUGUGUGUCUGGAGUUGUACAAGGUGGUCCAGGGACACCAGCAGCUUGAGUCAUAUAAAAACAGUUUCAUCAACUUGGCCCUGCCCUUCUUCAGCUUCUCUGCACCCCUUCCUCCACCACAUCACCAGUAUUAUGAGCAUGAGUGGACUUUGUGGGAUCGCUUUGAGGUACAAGGCAUGCAGCCUGAUGGUGAAGAGAUGACCCUGAAGCAAUUCCUAGAGUAUUUUAAGAGGGAGCACAGAUUAGAGAUCACCAUGCUAUCUCAGGGUGUGUCUAUGCUCUAUUCCAUGUUUAUGCCAGCCACCAAGCUUAAGGAAAGAUUGAAUCAGCGAAUGACUGAGAUUGUGAGCUGUGUUUCAAAGCAAAGCCUAGGCCAUCACGUACGGACCCUGGUACUUGAACUAUGUUGCAACAACCAAAGUGGAGAGGACAUCGAAGUCCCUUAUGUACGAUACAUCAUACGCUGA